UGGCAACAGACCCACAAUUGAGAAUGGGUCUUUGGGUUGCAUCGCGACCAGCGAGGAUAAAUCAGUCGAGCCAGGUGAUUCUCUGUUCGGCGGCCACCAGAAAGCAUGCGGAUCCUCAGAGAGCACGAGGAGCCCGCGAGCUCACACAGGAGACCGGCUCCGGCUGAAGCCGCCUGAUGCUGUCAUGAGGAACCUGUGCGUAAAAGCGGAACGAGACGCGAGACUUGUUGGAUUUGUGAGCGCAUUUACGCACCGCGGAUAAGCGAAUAAACACUUUGGCGCGCGCUCACGGCUCGCCAAAAUACUCAAGCGAACACUCAAGAUGGAUAACAUACCGUUUUUCCUGGCCACCGUGCUCAUUUUCUCCCUCGGGUUCAGGAUAGAAGAGGGCAUGUGCCAACACUACUACCUCCUCCGUCCCAUUCCAAGCGACAGCCUGCCCAUAGUGGAACUCAAGGAGGACCCGGAUCCCAUACUGGACCCUAAAGAGCGGGAUCUGAACGAGACCGAACUCAGAGCCAUUUUAGGCAGUCACUUCGAGCAGAACUUCAUGUCCAUCAAUCCUCCAGAGGACAAGCACGCGGGACAGGACGAGCUGAACGAGUCGGAGCUCAUGAAACAGCGUCCCAAUGGCAUCAUGCCCAAAGAGAUCAAAGCCAUGGAGUUUGAUAUCCAGCACGGGAAGAAACACAAGCCCAGCAAGAAGCUCAGAAGACGGCUUCAGCUGUGGCUCUGGUCCUACACCUUCUGCCCGGUGGUGCACACAUGGCAGGACCUGGGGAACCGAUUCUGGCCCCGUUAUUUGAAAGUGGGCAGCUGCUACAAUAAACGGUCUUGUUCGGUUCCAGAAGGGAUGGUUUGCAAACCUGCCAAAUCCAGCCAUUUGACGGUUUUGCGAUGGAGGUGCGUGCAGAGAAAGGGUGGACUCAAAUGCGCCUGGAUACCCGUUCAGUACCCCGUGAUAUCAGAGUGCAAAUGCUCCUGCUCGAACUGAAAUAAGCUCCGCACUCAUCCUCACAUGCACUGUCCCGUGUAGGAAUGUAUAUUUGAUGUAUAUGUGGUGCCAUUUUAGGUUACACUUUACAUUGGUGUUCAUGUUACUGUGUAAUUUCAUACAAAAGUACUGACAGAACUUUGCGUACUUAACAUGUGAUUCUUGUCUCUCUUGUUUUGUGGAGCUGCUUGCUAUUAUAGUCAUUAUAGUAAAUAAUUAGAGUAAUAACAUGGACACUGUAAAAUGUAAAGUGUGGUGCCUGAUUCAUUUGUAAAAAGAACUAAAAGGUCAGUAUUUGCCUAUAAUAUCCAGUGUCUACUGUAACGUUGGUUGUAAUGUAACUAUACAUAUUUAUGUCGAAGAACAUUUCGCAUUCAAAGUGCGUUUAUUGAAGGAGUUCAAAGCUUUUUCCAUUAUUCGGAAAAAAAAUACUUUAUACACCUCAGACAGGAGAAUAUAGAUUACAGUCUUGGUGUGCUGUAAAUAUAAGGGGAAUGGAAAAUAACUGCUCAUGUAAAUUAAAAGAAACUAUUUAUUCUUUAUGUCCAUGUAGUCAAAAUGCAUUUAAAAUAAAACCACUAAAAAUGGCA